AUGCUGUCCGCGGCUCCAUCGCCACCUCCGCUUCAGCGCAGCUUCAGCUUCGGGUCUCUUUUUAGGUCCUCCUUGCCGGCCGUGAGCUCCGAGCCGCCGAAGCCGAGCUCGCGCCGCUGCUCGGAGUUGCCCAACGUGAGCGUGGAGGCGCUGCUGGCCCGAAGCUCGCAGCGGCGGCACACGGACCCUGGGCGGAAAGUACAGCUGGUUUUCCACGGCCCGCAAGGUGGCCGCCGGCCCUCCCUCAUAGACCUCUCUAUGCCGUUGCCGGUGGUGGGGCCUCCGACGUCGGAGCCCCCUGCAGAGAAGCCCAGGGCUUGCGCGGAUGAGCCGCCAAAGAAGCUUGUGGACACAAAGGAAACACUGGCCCCGCCAGUGGAGAAAGCCAACAGUCCACGGGCUAGCAGGGACACCACUAUGACGCCGAACUCUGCAAGCUUGGCGUCCACUGGCGCAGACUCAGGAUCGGACACGCCAAAGCAGGUCCGUUUCCGAACUACAAUUACCGAAUGUGAGGUGAGCACCCCUUACGGAGUCAUCUAUGAUGGCAUUCGCCCCAUGGACUUUGACUUUGACCGAUGGGGUCGGAAGAUCUACCACUUCUUUCCGAACCCCGAGGACUCAGAGGAUGAUGACUGA